AUGGAACUCCAGCUCGUCGAAUCAGGCGGACUUUUUGCAGCGGUGCUGUUUGAAGUCGUUCAACAGAGCGCUUGGACCCAACAUGUCGUUGCACUCACCAGAUACCGCGCAGGCCAACUACCAUCCCUCCUGGAUUUGGUAAUCACCAACGAAAGACACCUCGUUGGUCAGGUAACAACUAACGCUCCCUUGGGACAUAGCGACCACUGUGCUCUGACCUUUGAUUUCAUCUGCUAUCGGGUCAGAAAUCCAAAGCCUCAAAUGCGAAUGACAGGCGCUGAGCGACAAGAGCAAAACCGACCCGGGAAUCUUAGGCAUCAAUCCGUUAGUCCGUGA